ACAAUUAGUGAUAAUUAAUUAGUUAAUCAGCAUAAAUUAGUACUAAAAAAAUCAACAAGUGGCAGAAAAAAAGUUAACAGUUGACAAUUAAGUUAACCAAAUGUUGAAUUCAAACAGAUCCCAUUUAUUUAAACAAUAACAAUGCUAUAAUUAACUAACAGUUAAUUUUGAACUGAAAGUGAUCGCAAUCAACAUUACCACCAGUGGGAAAAGUAAACCAACAAUUAAAACAGCAAUGAUUAAGAUUUUAUCAGCAAUUAAUUGUUCCAUUUUAUUUUUAUCAAUCAUUCUCAUCACAAACAAUCAGAUCCAAAUUGUUCAAGGUAAACCAUUUGUUUUAUCAAUUCCGUUGAUUACUGUUGACAGAAUUAAAAACUUUUUCUCAUCUUUAACCAAUGGACUGAGCGACAAUGUUGUUAAUCCGCCGAGUGUUAAUCGUCUAGUUGAUUCUUGUCAUAAAUCGUUCUCAGUGGAAAACAAUUUAACCUCAUCAAUCCUGAAUGAUGAACAAUCAUUGGAUUUAUCUGAACCCUAUUUCCUUUAUUCAAGUGAUAAUCAAACAAUCAUCUUCUCUCAUGUUUUCAUCAAGGUGAAACAGGUCAAUUCUCCGUGUCCAUUGGACGAGUCAAUUUGUGACACACUUCCGCCGAUAGUGAGCAAAGAUGCACCAAUGAAUUGGAUAAUUGCAAAUCUAUUGGACACUUAUUGGGAAUCAUGUAUGGCAGUAAUUAACUCAGUGGUCAAUGAAACAAACGCUAAUCAUUAGAUUGGUUGAUCAUCCCCUGAAAGAGAUAUUGUAUUCUCAUUUCAUUACAAUUAAAGAUUCAAACUUUAAAACAAUUUAA